AUGGCUACCAGAACUGGCCACGCUGGCCGUACUGCCAGGCUUGAGAGUGUUUUUUACUCAUUCAUCAAAGGCGACCGCACUAUAAAAUCCUCACACGACUCCAAGCUCUUCUUCGAGGCCGUCGACGUUAUAUGUGAACAGAAAUCUGCGGCAGUUUGCAUGGAAUGCAUAAUUGCGUCAAAUGAAGGCCUUAGCACGGUGAGAAGUGCCGUUCGCAGUAAUCUCACGCCCGCAUUCAUUAUGACUUCAACGGCUGCCUUUAUCAAUCAAGUAUGCCAGCCUCAGGUCAAAGCAAUGAAUGAUGGCGGCUUUCUUCAGAAACUGCUGAAGGAAAUUCUCUCCCCAUCCACAUUCUGGACUGCAUUUCUCGGCCUCUAUACAUCCAACCAACUUAGUGAUAAUAGCUUGGUUGCUUUUGCGUCUCUCUGUUUGGAAAUCGUGUCUUCGUCAUCACCCGAGGUCCUGGUGCUCUCUCGUGAUGUGGAGUCACUUACUGGAAACCUAUCACUGACAAAGUCACCAUCCGAGGCAGUACGGGCAUUUGGUUACCGCAUCGACAAUGUACUUCAAGUUAGAAAUAGCCCUGCAACUGCCUCAGUUCGAGUGGGCUAUAGCCCUGGUGGCAGACAUGACAACGAUUUCGAGGAUUUUCGCAAAAUUUCCAUUUUCCCUACCGCUCAUGAGGUUAGCUCGAAAGAGGAACCUUUUUUGCAACGGCUAGACGAUGUGUUUGAAGUCCCCAGAGACACGCGUGCGAGAAAUCACCUUGACUGGCUGUUCCGCCUUUUGAGAGAGGAUAUGCUUGCAGAUCUAAGGGAGGAUCUGCAGAUAGCAUGGGGACAAAAAAAGGCCAGACGCAAAUCAUCGACAUACGGUGGUCUCAGUCUGGUGGACUAUGACAUUGGAACUGAUCGUUCAUCGAAGCCAUUCACGCUGUUGCUUCAGUGUCGAGAGGGAAUCUUCUUUCCUCCGAAUAUGCGUACUAAAGAAGGCAAGAAGAAGCACCUCGAAGAUUCCAAGCACAUUGUGAGGCACAAUUCUUUCGGCGCUCUGUGCUUAGAUCAAGGCAUCAUCGGCUUUGGUUCUAUUGUACGCGAUAUAGACUGGCUCCUCGAAGACCCCCCAAGAAUUGGAAUACAGUUUACCGAUAAUACUGGGUUAAAGGGAGCAGUUCAGGCACUCAUGGGCCCGAAUAACCAUAAACUCAGAUUUUACGUCGUCGAUACCGCAACAUUUGCCUACGAACCAAUAUUAAAUCGCUUGAAAGAAAUCACAGAGAUUCCGAUCGAGAAUGCCAUCCUCGAUCCGUCAGGGCCUCCAUCUCAGUACGAUCCCCCUCUGAUAUUGUACGAAUUCAUCCAAGGUUUAAAACGCGCGCUGUUUCGUCAAGAGUCAUUCGACCUAGAGAGCAAACUAGGUAUCAAAGUGCAGGUUCGAGAUGCACAGCUCAAGUCGCUGAUCAACGGCCUGGAAAGCCCUGUUGGGCAGAUUCAAGGCCCACCAGGAACGGGCAAAUCUUUCAUUGGAGCUAUUAUUGCCUUGGCUCUUAUGAAAUUGACUGAUUUUCGAGUUUUGAUUCUGAGUUAUACAAAUCACGCCUUGGAUCAAUUUCUUGAAGAUUUGAUGAAGAUAGGCAUUCCGCGGAGUGACAUGGUUCGAAUUGGUUCUAAAGCCUCUGCGAAAACAGAACCGUUACGAAUCGAUGCCCUCGCAAAGGAACCUCAAUUCCGUUUCAGCAGCGAGACUAAAUCGAUGCUUAGUGCCACAAGAACGGGAACACUGGAGUCAAAGAUGAUGUUAGAUGAUAUUAUAGAGGAGCUAACAAAGUCAAAAAUUCAGUCACAGCAAAUAUUGGACAUGCUAGAGUUCUCUGAUUUUGAGCACUGGGAUGCAUUCCAAGUUUCUGGUGACGAGAAGAUUGCAGGAAGAAACAACAGGGCGCUGCGGCCUGCUGAUAUCUACGAUUACUGGGUAAAAGGAAAACAGCUAUCAUCGCUAGGCUUGCUGACUGGUCAAAUGACUCCUGAAAAUCACCAGGUUUGGCAAAUGCCACGAAAAAUGAGACAGAAACUCCAUGAUGAAUGGAAAGGCCAAAUUCGACAGGAGCAGAUUGAUGAGUUUGCACAACAAGCAGAGACAGCAAAUAAUGUCUAUCGUCAAAUAGACAGCCUUCUCAAAGAAAACAAGAGAAGCAUUGUCAAGAGCAAGAGAAUAAUUGGAUGCACUACCACAGGCGCGGCAAUGUAUCAAUCCAUCAUACGAGCGGCUGAGCCAGAUAUUGUCCUUGUCGAAGAAGCCGGCGAAAUUCUUGAGGCACACGUCAUUACAUCUCUCAGCCCAUCUGUCAAACAACUGAUACUUAUCGGUGACCACAAGCAGCUUCGUCCCAAGAUCAACAAUUACAAUCUCUCUGUGGAAAAGGGCGAAGGCUAUGAUCUCAACGUUUCCCUCUUUGAGCGACUCAUUAGACAAGGCCAUGAGUUUACGACUCUCCAGGAGCAGCAUCGCAGUCAUCCGGAUAUCUCCCAAUUCUCACGACUUCUAGCCUACGAGGAGCUUAAAGACGUGCCAAAAACACGUAAUCGUGAAAAAAUACGUGGAUUGCGGGAGAGAGUCAUCUUUGUAAAUCACGAACAGCCGGAGGAGCAACUGGAUAGCAUUGCCGAUCCUCGGGAUCCAGGCUCAAAGGCCAGCAAGAAAAAUACGUUUGAGGCCGACAUGGUCUUGAAAACGGUCAAGUACCUGAGUCAACAAGGUUACAGCUCUGAAGAUAUAGUUGUUCUGACUCCGUAUAUGGGGCAGCUUUCACUCUUGAGACAAAAGCUCAGCGAGAUAAACGAUCCCUAUCUGAAUGAUUUGGACACUCACGAACUAGUACGCGCAGGAUUAAUGACACAGGCUGCUGCCAGGAGUACGAAGGGAAAAUUGCGUCUCUCGACCAUUGAUAAUUAUCAAGGAGAAGAAAGUGAUAUUGUGGUCAUAUCGCUAGCCAGAAGCAACAAGACAGGCGACGUUGGUUUCCUCACAGCUCGUGAGAGACUAGUCGUGCUCUUGUCACGAGCAAGAAACGGUAUUAUUCUCUUUGGGAAUAUGAAUACUUUCUUAGCUAGUAAGAAGGGCCACGAAAUGUGGAAAAUCUACUUCGACGCGAUGAAGGAAAAAGGAUUCUUGUUCGAUGGACUGCCUGUUCACUGCGAACAGCACCCUGAUCGAUCUGCUCUACUUCAGAAACCUCAAGAUUUUGCUGAGCACUGUCCCGAUGGGGGAUGCGCUCAGAUAUGGUGCGGGAUGCAUUCAUGCAAACGCCGAUGCCAUCGUAUGUCCAACCAUUCACAGGUGGUAUGUACAAAAAUGAUGCAGAGAACUUGCGAGCGCGGACACGAAGUGAAGCAUCUGUGUGGGAAAGAAAAUGAAGCCUGCAACUCCUGUGUGAGAGAAGACGAAGAAACACGACGGAGAGCCAAACGAGACCUUGAGAUGGAGAAAAGAAGGAUAGAGCAGCAAGAGAAAUAUCGCCGUGAGCUACAGGAUAUAGACGACGAAAUUGACCUUCACCAGCGCCGGAUGAAGUAUAACCAAGAAGAGGAAGAUCGAGCAAAAGAGCUUGCGGAGAAGAAAGCACAGCUGCAGGUUCUGCGAGAUGCAAAAGCAAGGCUAGAUGCAUCAAAACCAGCAGAAGCCAAGCCAGAUGAUACCGCAAAGCUUCAAGAGAAGAAAUCUGCUAGUUUCGACAGCCUUGGCCCUGCAGCGCAAGAAUGGGAAAUGAUGAAACGCAAUACUGGAGUUCACAAUGAUGCCCUGGAUGAACUGAUGGAUCUCAUUGGUUUAGAGUCAGUCAAAGCAGAAUUUCUCGCCAAAAAGUCAGAAUUCGACCUUGGCAUCCGACAAGGUGUCUCUCUCUCUGAUGCGAGAUUCAGCUGUUCACUUCUUGGCAAUCCUGGAACCGGUAAAACAACUGUGGCUCGUAUAUGGGGCAAAUUCCUCACUACUCUGGGAGCUAUCUCUGGAAAGUGCUUUGAAGAGACAACAGGCUCCAAGCUAGCCAACAUGGGAGUCAAAGGAUGUGAAGAUCUGCUUGAAAAGAUGAAAGACAAAGGGGGAGGAGUCUUUUUCAUCGACGAAGCUUAUCAGCUCUCAUCUGGCAACAGCCCUGGUGGUAAAGCGGUCCUAGACUACCUGCUUGCUGAGGUUGAGAAUCUCCGUGGAAAGAUCACUUUUGUUCUCGCUGGGUACUCUAAACAGAUGGAGACAUUCUUCGCACACAAUCCCGGUUUUCCUAGUCGAUUUCCUAUCACAAUGACCUUCGAAGACUACACUGAUGAAGAGCUGCGGGAAAUUCUCAAGCGCCAGGUAAAGCGCAGAUACGCUAACAAGAUGGAUGUCGAAGACGGUCUGGAUGGUCUCUACUUUCGUAUCGCUGCCCGAAGAGUCGGCCGGGGCAGAGGCAAAGAAGGAUUCGGGAAUGCCCGUGCUAUGGAAAACGCGUUGGCAAACAUAAGCAAGAGGCAAGCAACCCGCAUACGACUUGAGCAGCGAUCCGGGAAAAAUACGAAUGAUUUCCUGUUUACCAAAGAGGAUAUAAUUGGUCAAGAGCCAUCGAUAUCCCUGCAGAAUUGCAAGGCGUGGCAAAGUUUGAACCAGAUGGUUGGGCUGAAUGAAGUCAAGGGCGAAGUGAAAAUGCUACUCGACUCAAUUACAACCAAUUACCAGCGAGAACUCAAAGAAGGGCCUCUCAUACAAUUCACGCUGAAUCGAGUAUUUUUGGGGUCUCCGGGUACAGGCAAAACAACAGUUGCUAAGCUUUACGGAGAAAUUCUUGCCACUCUUGGCCUCUUAUCCAACGGAGAACUGGUCAUCCGAACUCCAGCUGAUUUUAUCGGCGCUUAUAUAGGACAUUCAGAAUCUCAGACAAAGGGUAUUCUAGCGGCAACCUUGGGAAAAGUGCUUGUAAUUGACGAAGCAUACGGCUUAUAUGGCGGGAAAAGCCAUGCGCCUGAUCCCUUCAAGACGUCCGUCAUAGACACGAUAGUCGCAGAUGUCCAGAAUGUGCCUGGUGAUGACCGCUGCGUCAUUCUAAUAGGCUACCAGGAGCAAAUGGAAGAAAUGUUCCAAAAUGUCAAUCCAGGGCUCAGCCGUCGGUUUUCAGUGGACACGCCAUUUGUUUUUGCAGAUUUUGAUGACAAUGCCCUAAGACAAGUGCUGGACAUUAAAUUAAAGGCUUCCGGCUUUACUACUACUGGAGAGGGCAAGACCGCUGCACUCGAUGUUCUCAUUAGGGAACGCAACAGGGCUCAUUUUGGAAAUGGCGGUGCGAUUGAGAAUCUUCUAAGCAAAGCCAAAGCCUCUUAUCAGAAGCGACUCUCCGCUGGAAAACUGAAACGGGAGGACCAAAUUGAAGCGGAGGACUUUGAUGAAGACUUUGACAGAACAACGAGAAAGGAGACGAAUGUGAGAGCACUAUUCCAGGAUGAUAUUGGGCGUGAGGAAGUUAUUGAGAAGCUCGAGAGCAUCCAGCGGAGAGUUCGACAGUUGAAAGCUGCUGGCUUAGAUGUGAAAGAAGACGUCCCAUUCAACUUCCUCUUCCGAGGUCCACCAGGAACAGGAAAGACAACUACGGCUCGAAAAAUGGGCAAAGUGUACUACGACAUGGGCUUUCUUAGCAAGGCUGUGGUAGAAGAGUGUUCAGCCACGGACUUGAUAGGCGAAUAUGUCGGCCAUACUGGGCCUAAAGUCCAAAAGGUUCUCGAGAAGUCACUUGGAAGAGUGCUUUUGAUCGAUGAAGCUUACCGGUUCGCUGAGGGCAAAUUCGCCAAAGAAGCUAUUGAUGAGAUUGUCGACUGUGUUACCAAGCCCAAAUAUCAAGGUAAACUCAUUAUUAUCUUGGCCGGUUAUGAGCACGAUAUAAAUCGGCUCUUAUCGGUGAACCCUGGACUGACCAGCCGCUUCCCUGAAUACAUCGACUUCAAGCCCCUCAAGCCAGAUGCUUGUUUCCAGCUGCUUGCCGAUCUUUUGCGAAAGAGAAAGGCAGAGCUUAUAAGCAAGGGCAAGGACAUGGACAUUGGCUGUUUAGAACGUCCAUCCGCAUUAUUUCUCACUAGGUGUAUGGCCACCAUAAAGUCAUUGACCAGUGUAGAGGGGUGGGCUAGUGCAAGGGACGUAAAGCAGCUUGCCAGAAAUGUCUUUCAUGCAAUUGACUUGGAAGCGGAAGUUCUUAAACUGGAAGAAAAGCAAGUGACCCUGGCAUUGAAUCGGAUGUUAAAAGACCGACAGUCUAAGAUGGUGAAGUCUACUCCUUCAAGGUCUCAAGAUAAGGAGGCAGACUCUUCGCAUACACCAACACCCUCAUCUAUGCCAACUUUAUCGACUAGCACCCAUACGAAUGCCACUACUCAGCAAACCACAAAUGGAGGCAACUCGGCUGAUGACGAGGGAUCGGAUGAAGGGGGGUCGGGUGAAGGGGGGUCGGGUGAAGGGAGGUCGGGUGUAGGAGCAGUUAUAUCGCCUGAAUCGCCCGAGAGUGACCGCAAUGGCAAAGCCGUACGAGACGCUGGUGUAAGCGACGAAGUCUGGGAGCAGCUCCAGAAAGAUCAAGCAGAAGAAGAGCGAAAGGAAUCAGAAUACCUCAAGCUCAAGGAAGCUGCCAAGAAGCUUGCGGCUGAAGAGGCUCGAGAAAAGAUUGUUCGCGAAGUAAUUGCCGAAGACGAGGAAGCUCGGAAGAAAGAGGAGGCUCGGCGACGCGCAGCGGCUGAAGCUCGAGAAAGGAUCUUGCGCCAGCUAAUCGAGGAAGAAAAACGCCGGAAAGAAGAAGCACAGAAAAGAGAGAAAUUAAAGGCCCUUGGAGUGUGCCCUGCUGGAUAUCAUUGGGUCAAGCAGGCUGCUGGAUACCGUUGUGCUGGGGGAUCACACUAUCUCUCGGAUGGACAGAUUUAGUUUGUGUGCGGCGUAGAUUGAGAAGUCCGUUUUAAUAUUUAUCUACUAUUUAUCGCAUCUUAAUUAGAAUGUAUUAUUUUUCACGUUUCUGGUAUAUUCUUGUGUCCAGAGGCGUAUGUGGCUCUUGGCCCUCCAUAUGUACACGUAAACAUCUCAGGCGGUUGACUGCAGAGCGCUUUGG